AUUUCUUCUGCAUCCUGUGUCUUGCCUAUUCAGUGCCUGUCUACUCAUAGGCAACACUUUCUGGUGCUUGACUGAAGUUCUCUGAGGCCAGGAGGAACUGUGGAUAUCCAGACAGUUCGGGCAAGCCAACCAGAUGAGUGGGGACUGGGUGCGUCCAGAACAGGCCCUAAUUUGGGUCAUGUGGAUCUUUGCAGCCAUCAUCAAGGGGUCUGUGAGUGAAGAGCCACGUAGGUAUACCAAGCUGGGAUGGGUGCAGGGGAAGCAAGCCACCGUGCUGGGAAGACUCGAACCCGUGAAUGUGUUUCUUGGGAUCCCUUUUGCUGCACCCCCUCUUGGACUUCUGCGGUUUUCCAAUCCACAGCCUCCAAUCCCCUGGGAUAACUUUCGAGAAGCUACUACCUAUCCCAAUAUGUGCUUUCAGAACAUAGAGUGGUUCAUCAUAUACCAAAAACUGCUCCAAGUCCGUUACCCUAAACUUGAAGUGUCAGAGGACUGCCUGUACCUCAACAUUUAUGCACCAGCCCAUGCCAAUAAUGGCUCCAGUCUCCCGGUCAUGAUGUGGAUACCCGGCGGUGGCUUUGAGACUGGCUCAGCCUCCAUCUAUGAUGGGUCUGCCCUGGCUGCCUAUGAGGAUGUGUUGGUUGUGACCAUCCAGUACCGCCUAGGCAUAUUUGGCUUCUUCAACACACAGAACCAGCAUGCCCCUGGGAAUUGGGCCUUCCAGGACCAGCUGGCUGCCUUGCUGUGGGUCAGGGAGAACAUCAAGUACUUCGGUGGAAACCCUGACUCUGUGACCAUCUUUGGUAGUUCAGCAGGAGCCAUAAGCAUUUCUAGCCUUAUUCUGUCUCCUUUGAGCAAGGGCUUAUUCCACAGAGCCAUCAUGCAGAGUGGAGUGGCCAUCAUCCCCAGCCUGAAGAGCCUUGAUAAUGAGCUGAAACAUGAUUUGCAGGUGGUUGCGGAUAUCUGUAAGUGCAAUGUAUCAGACUCUGAGGCUUUGCUGGGAUGCCUGAGGAACAAGUCUUCUCUGGAGUUGCUGGGCCUUGGCCAGAAAGUAAAAUCAUUCACUCGAGUGAUCGACGGUUCUUUCUUUCGUGAUGAACCUCUAGAACUGUUGUCUCAAAAGACAUUUAAAGCAGUUCCUUCCAUUAUUGGAGUCAAUAACCAGGAGUGUGGCUACCUAUUGCCCGUGAGGGACACUCCUGAGAUUCUCCUUGGCUCCAAUGAGUCUACUGCUCUCACCUUGAUACAUAUUUUGCUGCAUGUCCCCACCCAGUAUUUGCACGUUGUGUCUAAGGAGUACUUCCAUGGCAAGCAUUCUCUGACUGACAUCCGAGACACUUUAUUGGACUUGUUUGGAGAUGUGUUCUUUGUGGUUCCUGGGCUGGUCACAGCUCGAUAUCACAGAGAUGCUGGUGGACCUGUCUAUUUUUAUGAAUUUCAGCACCGACCCCACUGCUUUGAAAAGACAAGGCCGGCCUUCGUGAAGGCUGACCACACAGACGAAAUCCGCUUUGUCUUUGGAGGCCCUUUCCUGAAGGGUGACAUAGUCAUGUUUGAGGAAGCCACUGAGGAAGAGAAGUUGCUAAGCAGGAAGAUGAUGAAAUACUGGACUAACUUUGCCAGGAGCGGGGAUCCUAAUGGGGACCUGCCUCUGUGGCCAGUCUACGAUCAGAAUGAACAGUACCUCAAGCUGGAUGUGAACAUCAGCACUGGCCAGAGACUGAAAGACCGGAGAGUGGAAUUUUGGACAGACACCCUCCCCCUGAUUAUGUCUGCUUCCAGAGCGCUGCUCAGUCCCACUGUCUCCUUAAUCCUCUUUUCACUACUGCUGCCUUUCCUUCUCUCCCUUGCUUCUUAGAAGUCAUCCUCGUUUGGUUCUGAUUUUCUUCUAUCUAACUUUCUCCCUCAGCCAUUAUCCCCGCUCCCAGUUGAGCUGCUUUCCUGGGGAUUUCUGUGCGCUAAUCUGCUUUAGCUGAUGUUUUAUGGGCUUAGGGAUGAACCUCAUAAAAUUCUUUUCAACAUCAAAAAAAUUCAAUUUGUCUUGGAAGGUAAUGAAAUUUUCUCAAUGAGUCUGGAGGAGGGCUGGUCCAUUACUUGUCAUAUAAUGAUCCCAUUACUCAUAUGAAAUAAAAUCAGAAUGCAAAAUGUA